AGUAUUGAGAUAUUCCUCUAUAUGAACUUAUGCGAUUCAACCUUAUCCAUGUUAUUUUCGUUUCAAUCCUUGGGAAAGAUCGAUAUGAAGCAUGCUAAUCUGGCAUUCGUGCUUGAAAUUCUUGAAUGUAACUGAAAUUCACAUAUGUAGUACGUCUUUAAAUGAUGCUUCUAGAACAUUUAGGCAAAUGUGUGACAAUUUCUUCUGUCGUUGAUACCAGUCUUUUGGAAAUUAAGGCGAUCCUAUGCCUCCAUUGUUAUACACCAAAAUUUUAAGGAAAAUUUAUAUACAUGCACUAAAAUCUUAUGUACUUGUAUAUCUAACACAUAAACCUGUUUAUUUACAUACAAAGCACCUUACAUAUCAAUCAAAUGGUGCGUUCCAUAUAUAUAUAUAUAUUUUUUGGUGGGUCGAUAUGAAGGAGUUGCUGUCAUAAAUGUAAGUAGACAAAAAUAUGGCGUUAGCUAUGUAGAUUCAUGGAAAGAUGGUUGUAUAUAUGCAAAUGCGUUGAGGAUGAUCUCAAUAGAGAAUGAGUUUUGUUCUCUAAUACCUAUUUUGUCUUUAUUCUCUUGUUUGUUCAUUAUUACUGAUUUAUGUGACUUGGGAUGAAUGAGUUAUUGCUGUGGCGAAGAAUCCAUACAUGCUAUUAAGAGCGACCAAUCAAUGUUGCUCAUACAGAGAAGACUUUUGAGGGAAGAGGUAUUAAGAAGUUGCUCUCUAAUAAUUUGGAGUUAGAUAAGGUUAGAUUUUUUGCAUUCUGUUGGAUGCCCCACGUUUUGGAGCAUUUAUUUUGCUUGUUUUCAGUAUUCAUUUAUAUAAGAUUUACACACAUACCACUCAAUUUUUUUAUGUAUUUACAUAUACAAAUAUAUCAUCUUACCUAUACAUAAAAGGCUAUAUUGGUGAUCUUCUGGUAUGCUAUGAAAGAUGUAAGUAUUAUAAAUGCAAAGAUUUAGGUGCUAUAUGCGUAAAUAUAUAAAGAUUUGGAUGGUACACUUAUAAGUGUGUGGUUCAGAGAAUAAUUGAAGAUAUAAAUCAACAAAAAAAAAGAGGAGCAUUUUCCAUGGUUUUCAAUAGAAUAGGGAAGAUUGACAUUGCUUGGUAGAGCGGACAUUUACGUUUGCUGCUCUUGAAGAGGCAGCCGCUACAAUUAAGCCUUCAAAAUUUGCAAACAUAUCAUGCCAUUCUUUUAGAUUUUCAUACAUGCCCCUCGAUCCUUAUUUGCUUACAUAGCUAGUACCUAAACUUUCAAUUCUUACAUAUGUCAUCUUACCUAUGGACGAAAAUGUGCAUUUUGCCUUUUAAGAAUUAAAAUAUUGGUAUGUUUGACUAAUGGGAGUUGUGGCGGAAUGAAUAAAAAAAUGGUAUGUUCGAGAGGAUCUUAAAUACAUGAAUGACAUGCGUGUACAAGGUAAGGUGGAAAUUCAGGUGUUAGUAAUGUAAACUCAUACAGAUGGAAUGAUAUGCAUAUUCGAUCCUUGUGUAUUCACAUGUCUAACACCUAAAAUUUAACUUUAACACGCGUAUCACUCGAUUCUUAUUUGUUUACACAUCUAGUACUUAAACUCCACUCAUUAACUGUAUGCCAUCCAAGCCUUUUUAAUUACAAUCAUGCAUUUCAUAUAUUCAAAUUUAAUGAAUUAAUUCUCAUAUCAACUUCUCGGUGCGCCUUUGCGAGGUAAGACUGGUCGUGGUCGAGAUAUGGGAUGAUUACAAGGGUCACUUUAAAGCGGGUGAAUCAAACUACACCAAUCAUCGUGUCGGCCAUCUCGCUGUCGCUCACUCGCUCCGUUUCUUCUCAAUCAGCCAUUAGCCAUUGUGUUCUUUCACUCUAGUUUUACGGGAUUCGGAGGGAAGCUUCAGCGGUUCGUGUUCAGAUUUCGUUGGAUUUUGGCGGGGAAAGUUGGAGGAUUGUUGUUUUCUGGGAGGUGGAUUAGGUUCUUUGUUUUGGAUUUUGAUUCGUGGAUUUUGUAAUUUAAGUUUUUGAGGUGCGGUCAGGAUGCCGAGGAGUUCUCACCAAAAAUUGCACCGGUCGCAUAAGCGGAGUGGCAGAGAUGGGACGGAGCGUUCAGACUCUGAGGAUGAUGGGAGUUCGAGGAAUCGUACGCUGAGAUUGGUGGAAGCUGGUGCUGGUUCUGGGACUAGGGUUUCGAGGGAUGGGGAUACGGAGAAGUGGAAGGGUUCUUCUUCGAGGCAGGUAUCUUUGGAGAAGGACAGAGGUGGCUCUAAAAAUGGGGAUUUAUCAUCAGGUAGGAAGCGGAAAGAGAGAGAGGACUCUGCUACGUCUGAUAGGUGGAAUGGUAGCGGAAAAGAUAAUGGGCUUCCUGAGACGAGUUCUAAAGAGGAGGAUUGUGACCGCUUGUAUGCGCAGAAGGUGGACAAGUCAAGGUUUUUAACUGUUGAAUCGAAGAGCAAGUCUAGUAUGAGGCGCGAGCUUUCUACUGAUAGGUAUGUUGAGAGUAGCAACAAAACUGAGCCAGUGAAGAGGAGAUCAGAGAAGGAGCAUACCAGAAGAGAAUACAGGGAUGAUAAAGAGAGGGACAUGGAUCACCAUUCAGAGAGAGAAAAGGAUAGGGAAUGUGCAUCGGAGAGGGGCAAGAACGGUCAGGAUUCGAGGUAUGGAAGGUCUGAUGAGACGGAGAGCAAGAGCCAUCGUUCCAGGAGGACGGUUAUUGAGGUGGAGUUGAAAGACAAGAAGGAUAGUACUGAAAAUCAAGCUCAAGAUGAUUUGAAAAAUGCGGUGUCAGAAAAAGAUUCUGAAAAAUUUAUGACAAAGAGGAGAAAAGGGCUGCAUGACAGGAGGUUAUCUUCUAGUGAUUAUCACAUUAAGAAUGGUAGCCAUAAAAUUGAGGGGCACAAGGAUGAGAGGUAUAAAGAUGAGAAGUAUCAUGAUAAAUAUUUCAAGGAACUUGAUAGGGAUCAAGGAGACCGACGGCAUCGUGAUAUCCGCCGAAGAGAAGAGCCCUCCUCUAGAGAUUACAUCAGUGAUCGGCUCGAGAGUAAAUCUGUCAGAGAUAGGGGCAAGCAUGUCGAGAGUAAUAACAAAAGUAGGCUUCAUGAAAGCGAUCGUGAACUCAGUCCACAUGCUGAUGACCAUGGAAUCAAAAUGAGAGAUAACAACAGGCUGCGAAAAAGAUCUUCUAAUGAAAUUGAUGAUCAUUAUGGCUUGGGAAAAAUAAGUACGAAGAAAUCUCGUCCUAAUAUUGAUAAGGAUGCAUCAAAUUCAAGUAAAUUUGAUCAUGGUCAUCGAGGCAAGGUUGAGACUUUCUUAGGUCAUUCGCUUUCAAGGAGUUCCUUGAGCCCAAAGGCUCAUAGUUCCAAAGAGCAAAUCAGACGUGGCUUAAAGCAAGCAAAAUCUACACACGGAGAACCAGCACGUGACGGCAGAGUUGAUGACCGUGAUAGAAUUUCAGUAGUUCAUGAGAGAGUUUCUGAUUCUCUUUCUUUAGAAAAGCCCCAGCAUAGAGAUCGAGUAAACUCAGUUGAAAGAGAACGACAAUUGGUUUCAAAUAACCUAAGUAUGGAGAACAAUUCUCUACCAGAGUUGCAGACUUCUGAGCAUGCUUCUGGUAGCCCCCCACUCUUUAAGCGACCUAGAUAUCUCUCUAGCAGCUCACCUGGUCAUCAUCUUCCUCAGCCACCUAUGAGACAUGGGACAAACAGUUCUUCCCCUUAUGAGGAUGAAACGAGGGUAACAUCUGGGAACCAUAGAUCCAACAGCCGGUACAGGAGUAGUGAUCCAAACAUGGAAAGAGGGCCGGGUGGGGCUUGGAAAAAUGGCCCACAUUGGCCUGCUCCAUUUCAGAAUUCUUUCUUCCCAUUCCAACAUGGGCCUCCGGCUUCCGCAUUCACUAUCCCACCUUUUCCUCCAGCAUUCUACGGUGCGAGGCCAUAUAUGGAAAUGAAUCAUGCUCGGUUUCCCUAUCAAAUGCAUGAGAUGGCGGGCCGGUUUCCAGGCCAUAGCCCUCCAUUUGGAUGGCAUCAUCCGGUAGGUGAUUCGUGGCUGCCACAAAUGAAUGGUUGGGAUGGUGGUAGUUCGCUAUAUCGGGGCCCCGAUUGGAGUUGGAAUAGUUAUCCAAUACAUGGACAGAGUUCGGAGUUGAACAUUGAAAUGUCGAAGGGACCGAGUUCGAGCAUGUCCGAGUUUUCGUCUCAUCUGGAGCAAACAGAUGCUGCUGCUGAUUCAAGGCUCCCAUCGGAUGCUGCUGCUCCUUCAAGGCUCCCAUCGGAUGCUGCUGCUCAUCCAAAGAAAUUAAAUGAUACGUCAAAUAAAAGAUCUAUGAAAGCCUACCUAGAAUCAAAUCUUAGUAGGGGUUUUAGCAUUCCGACAAAGUCCUAUGAUGGUCAUAGGCGCAAUUUAGGUAGUUAUUUAUCCAAAAUUGAUAUUUCUGAAGAUCUUACACACCCUGAACUGUAUAAAGAGGUCACAGAUCUUCUUGCGUCUGGUAACUUAGCUGGUUCUAAUAAUGUUUCCAAGGUUGAAGAUGCAGAGAAUAAUAGAAUUCUAAUUUCUAAAAAGUUAUCAAUUCCACAAAGCACUCUGCUACCAGGUGCUGCUGAGGCUUCUUUUAAGAGAGCCAUGUCGGUUUAUGAGAAGCAGAAGUGUAGAAGGCAUUUGAAGCCCCCUCCCCCUCCUGCAGCCGUUUGCCCAAAAGAAGCAGACGUUUCUCUUGAAGCUCCUGUUGAGGAGCCCUCAACCGUUAAUGAUAACAGUGCUUCCACCCUCGCCGGAGAAGAAGGUAAAAAGUCUAUUAAUGGUGAUGCCGGCGGCUCACCUGCUCUCAUGGAAGUGGAAAAUAUUGAAAGUCCUGAUGUUGAUGUUCUGGAAAGUUCUCGUACUUGUGAGGCUAUGAUGCCAGUUUGUAAGGGGAUGAAAUGACUCGGGUCAUUUGGAAAGUGAUUAAAGAUAAGCUUAUUUUACCAUUUUUGGACUUAGAUAUUAAGUACUUUGAUCUUGGAAUUCUUAAUCGUGAAGCUACACAUGAUCGAGUCACGG